AUGCGUUCUGCUCUCACUUUGCUACUUGUAUCCUCUUUGGCGCUCACCAACGCAGCAGAUACAAGUUCAGAUGUUACACCGCCGGCCCUCACGCUAUCUCCAGAAGCCAAUCUCCUCCUACAAUCAAGAGAUGAAACGACUACUUCGCUGCCCUCUGAUAAUCACAAUUCUGCAAUGGAAACCCAUCUGGCUACCACCGCACCACCUACUGAGCCUUCUGCUUCGAUACCGACAGAUAUGAAGAGCACGGUGAAUACACCCUCGAAUGAGCAGAGCAAACCUAACUUACCGUCAAAUGCUGCAAACACAAACAACUCCAACUUGACAUUAGAUCGCGACACUUCUGACUCACCAGAUCAGAUUGAGGCUGGAUCAUUGGCGACGGCAUCAUCGAAGUCCUCGACAGCUUCUGUUGACACUCUAAACGACAAGAAUGAUGACUUAAGCACAGGCAACAAAUCCAGCGCUAGCAUAGUGCUUCCGACUAUUUUUGGAGGAAUGGCUUGCGUGGGUGCUAUCGUCCUUGCUAUUAUGUACAAGAAGAAGCACAACAUCAACGGUGGUGACCUAGGCAGCAACGCAACUGGAACAAUCAUAACACCGAGUAAUCAAGCGGAAGGCAGAGGGCCAAAAGACUACUCGUCGGAGGCAAUGAAGAUGUCGGAUCUUUGCCACGUCGACGUACGACCACCAAGUACCAACAUAUCCGACAGUUUGUCACCUUUCAGCAGCGCUCGUUGUAAAGUGCGUGUCAGCUCUCCGGUAUCGAGCUACCACGUGAGUAGCGAAUCCAACACAGAAUUUUCGGACGUGUACCCUCGUCAUAUUGAAGGCAGUAACGUGGUGCUUACUUUUGGAGAGGUGUCGAAUACACAAAGCUCAUGGCCUCAAGUCCAACUAUAA